AUUGUAUUUUAUUUUGAGCUCGAUCCAUUAAUUUCAAAUAAUUGAAGCAAUGAUGGACAUAAUAUUAGAAACAAAGGAAAUUGAUAAAGGAAAUAUUAAUCUACAUGAUGCCUAUAUAGAAAGUAAGAAAGUUGAGGUCUAUCAUAGGCAAACAUAAUAUAGGCUUAAAGAAAGUAACUAUAAUAGCAGAAAUAAAUGAAUUGUAAUUAUAAAAAGUAUUAAUGGUGAAGAAGCAAAAUGAAAAAACGAUGAAAUUGAUGAUAUAGAUAAAGAGAUACGUAUAAAAUAAGGGAAAUUGGAGUAAAACUAACUAGAUACCUAAUAGGAUAAUAAAAUACCAAAUUAAUGCUACUUUGAUUAAUGGAAAUUCUCAAAUGUGAGUGUACCAAGGAGAAUUGUUAAAUAGAGAUCAUCUUAUAUCACACCGACACCGGACAAUAA